AUGAGCGAUUAUCAAAAAUUUCCGGUACAUAAGUCUAUAGUAAUCACUAACUUCUUACAAUUUCCAAGUCCUGAAUUCAUUGCGUACAAUUUACAUACAAUUGAUGAUUUCGAAUUUCUGAUCGCCGUGAAUAAACGAGAUGAUUCUUCAGCUGAAAUUUUAAUUCAUUUGGAUGCUUCUAACGAAAUCAAAAGAGUGAGAGCUCGCUAUUUCCUGGGGAUGUUCAAUGAGACAGACAAAGAACUUAUAAGCUGGGAAGAAAAAAAAGAAGCUGAUAUUGCUGGAUUUCUAUGCGUUAAGCCGUGGACGGUGCCUCAACCGAAUAAGUCAUUUACUUUCAAAUUUGGUUUACAUGUCAGUGCGAUCAUGGGAAUGGACAAUGUUUGGAAGUUCAAUUUCUAUGAUGCACUAUUCAAUGUUGAAAAUGAUUCAAAAAUGAUAGUUUUCAAAGAAAAAAACAAUCAAAAAGUCCGCUUGUAUACUCAUAAAAAGUUGAUGAUGUUCCAUUCGAGUAAACUGUCAAUAUAUCGAAACAAUUUGCAUAAUGAAAAUGGUUUUAUAAUGCCAGCUUGUGUUUCUAUGAACAUGCUUGAGAAAUGCCUACAGAUUGCGCACGGAGUUCAAGUUCAUUGUUCAGUGGAAGAUCUUAAAAAAAUAAAUCAAAUCGCCAAGUUGUUAGGAUUGAAAAAUGUGACCAAGUACUAUGAACGUCAACGCAUUGAAAAUUUGAAUCAAGUAAAAGUAACAGAUAAAGUGUUCCACUCAAUGUUCAUGCGGGAUCGCCGACAUUUACUGGUGCACCUGCUUAAAACAUUGAAUUCGAAUAAAGAGCUGAAGAGAAUCCUGGAGACAAUGGAUAUUCAAAAGAUGAAUUCUGAGUCCAUGAAGAGAUGUGCUCACUUUUUCUUUCGUAAUUGUUGA